GCUCCAUCCUCACUAAAUGGCUCAGUAGCCAAUGGACACGUGAAACCGCAGUUGUACUCGUUCAGUUGUGAGGCGUUCCGCCAGCAGCGCUCUGGUUUCUACAGCCUACCUGUCGUCUCCAUGUGUUCCUGUGGCAUGCUGAUGUCACAGUAACCACAGAGGAGGAGGGACAAGGAAGUAGAGCAGAGGGAUGAAACUAAGCAGGAGCUCUCCGAUGACGCAGAGCAUGUUGAGUUAAAGGAGGGGCACUGAAUCUUGCCCAGAGCUGGUUCCAGUCUGAUCAUUAUGAGGGAGUGGAGCUUUUGCUAUACACAGCGGAGGAAGAUCAGUAGCAGAACACCCAGUUUGCUGAAGAGCCUGACAAAGAACUACACGACUUGACAGCAGGAGGAGGGAAAAGAGGAACGUGUGUGUGUGUGAGGCAACACGCACAAUGACAACAAAGUGAAGGAUGAUAAGGAAGACAAUUAUAUGAAGGGCGCUGCAGCAUCCGAAGGUGAGAAGUCAAACUUGCGAGUGAAAGGAGCCAGAGAUGAAAUAAACUACUCUUCGGUCAGAAAAAGAACUUGAGACAGAUAAAGAUAGGAAUUUACAGCUCCAGGAGAGCAGAAGAUUAGAGGAUAAGGGCUUUCAGUGUUCAGACAGAAAUAAGACAUUCACAAUGUUCAUGAACUUCCGUCGUAUCCACAAGUGCCAGUGCGUGCAGUUGCUAACUACAGGCCUGUUGCUAUGUGUGGUGAUGGUCUGGUGGGAGGAGCUGGACCACCACAUGACCCAUGUGAAAUCCUUCAUGUACCGCUACUUGAUUAACAGCUUUGUCUUUCUCAGCUCUUCCUUGAUGAUUACCUCCAGCCAUCACCACGGUAAGGAUGCAUCUAACAGUGUGAAUGGUGCGAUAGGGAACUAUCCAUACCUCAUUAACCACCCAAAUAAAUGUGGAGGUGGUGGUGAAGAUGGAGAAACCUGGGAUGAUGUCCUCCUGCUUCUGUUUGUGAAAUCAUCACCAGAGAAUGUUAAGCAGCGUCAGACCAUCAGGGACACAUGGGGAAAUGAGAGCUUUGUUCGGUCAAAACUGGGGGUGAGCAUAAAGGUGGUGUUUGUGCUCGGUAUACACCCAGAUGUCAUGCGGAGAUCCAGGAUGCAGGCUGCACUGCUGCAAGAGGACCACGCCUAUGGAGACCUGAUCCAGCAGGACUUUGUGGACACCUUUUACAACCUGACUACCAAACUGAUCCUGCAGUUCCACUGGGGCCAUGAGUACUGUCCUCUGGCUCAAUUCUUCAUGUCUGCAGAUGAUGAUGUCUUCAUCCACAUGCCCAAUUUGGUGAGGUACUUGCAGCAGGUCACGAGUAGCCAAUCAGGAGCUAAAGAUAUGUGGGUGGGGCAUGUACACAGAGCAUCCCCUCCAGUUCGCUAUAAAAAAAGCAAGUACCAUGUUCCUUAUGAUCUGUACCCCUGGCCUUCCUACCCAGACUACACAGCUGGAGCCGGGUAUGUGGUUUCAGGCAAUGUGGCUGCUAAGAUCUACCAUGCGACACUGAUGCUGAACUCCUCCUUGUACAUUGAUGAUGUCUUCAUGGGAAUUUGUGCAAACAUCAUGGGCAUCUCUCCCCAGGAGCAUGUAUACUUUUCAGGAGGGGGCAAGGCUCCGUACCACCCCAGCAUCUUCGAUUACAUGAUCACAUCGCAUGGCCAUGCCACAGACAUGCACUCCUUUUGGCAGGCUGCAACAGACCCUACAGUGUCCCGUAGCUGUAAAGGAUAUAUGGGUAACCUGUACUGCUCAUUCGUGAGAGUGAUGCUGCUGUGUCUGCCACGUUUCCAGAACACAUACUCCUGUAUGGCUGCUUUUACAUAAAUGGUUUUCAGAUAAUGCAAGGACUGCUGAAUGCUAUCACAAUCAGUCUGCCAUAUUUGUCAGGUUAUAUUUCACUGUUUUGUUGACUAAAUUAUGCAUUUGCUGUCUAAUAAUAAAGACCAGAGAUGUUCUAUUAAGCAAA